AUGGGGGACAAGCCUUUGAGGAUUAACGGGGUCAAGGUUUACACAGAGAAUGUGGACAAGCGUCAGAUCAUCAUGGACCUACAGAUCAGUUUUGUUGGAAAUACUGAAAUUGAUGUGGACGUCAAAAGAUACUACUGCAAAGCUGGUAUUAAAAGCAUACAGCUCCAUGGAGUGUUGAGAGUAGUCAUGGAGCCAUUGCUAGGUGACAUGCCCCUUGUCGGAGCUCUGUCCCUGUUCUUCCUGAAAAAACCUCUUCUGGAAAUCAACUGGACAGGCCUCACCAAUAUACUAGACAUUCCUGGGCUGAAUGGCUUCUCAGACAGUCUGAUUCAGGACAUCAUCUACAGCUACCUGGUGCUGCCUAACCGUAUCACUAUCCCACUGGUGGGAGAUAUAGAACUGGCUCAGCUACGCUUCCCUAUGCCAAAGGGAGUCCUGAGAAUUCACUUCCUGGAGGCUCAGGACCUGGAGGGGAAGGAUAAAUUCCUAGGCGGGCUGAUCAAGGGGAAGUCUGACCCCUACGGCAUCCUCCAGAUUGGCAACCAGCUCUUCCAGAGCAAGACGGUCAAAGAGAGUCUGCACCCCAAAUGGAACGAAGUUUACGAGGCCCUGGUAUAUGAGCACUCAGGCCAACAUCUGGAGAUUGAGUUGUUUGAUGAGGACCCAGACAAAGAUGAUUUCCUGGGGAGCCUGAUGAUCGAUAUGACGGAGCUUCACAAAGAGCAGAAGGUCGAUGAGUGGUUUGAUCUGGAAGAAGUCUCCACGGGGAAGCUACACUUGAAACUGGAGUGGCUCUCUCUGCUCUCCACCCCUGAAAAGAUGGACCAGGUGUUGAGGAGCGUGCGAGCUGACAGAAGCCUGGCCAAUGAUGGACUUUCGUCUGCUCUCCUGGUGGUGUACUUGGACUCGGCAAAGAACCUGCCGUCCGGCAAGAAAACGAGCAGUGAACCAAGUCCUUACGUCUAUUUCACAGUUGGGAACAAAUCAUUUGAGAGUAAGAUCCGCUAUAAGACCAAUGAGCCAAUGUGGGAGGAAGCCUUCUCCUUCCUUGUCCAUAACCCCAGGAGGCAGGAGCUGGAAGUGGAGGUGAAGGAUGACAAGCACAAGUGCACCCUGGGUAAUCUUACAGUCCCCUUGAGUGGUCUGUUGGAGGAGGAAGACAUGACGUUUACUCAGCAGUUUUCCCUGAGGAACUCUGGACCCAGCUCCACACUCAAACUGAAGUUGGCUCUCAGGGUUCUGUGCCUGGAGAAGGAGACAAGUGCGUCGGACCAGCUCUCCUCUGUCCAGGUGAGGAAAGCCAGCAUGGUCAACCCCACCGUCCCCUCCCAGAGACUCUCCGCAUCGGAGUCGCCACUCCCCCCAGCCUACACCACCCCAACACCACCCAUGGAGGCCUCCACCCACUCCCUCCAUCGCAGGGAGGAGCGAAAGGAGGAGCCGUACGGCGGCAGCCCCAUCAGGAGCACCUCUAUCAGGAGCACUUCCAACCUGAGCACCACCAUAUCCAACUCCCAGAAACACCUGCCCCAUAAGGACUCCAUGGCCAGCCUGGCCUCGGACAUCUCCCUGCCCUUCGCCACCCAAGAGCUGCAGCAGAGGCUCAGGCAGCUGCAGAAUGGGUCUGCCCCUAGUCCGUACCCCCUGGGGGAGAUUCAGCUGACUGUCCGCCACAGCUCCCAGAGGAACAAGCUCAUCGUGGUGGUGCACGCCUGUCGAAACCUCAUUGCGUUCACUAAGGAGGGAUCAGAUCCUUUAGUUCGGGUUUACUUGCUCCCUGACAAGAGCCGGACAGGCCGGAGGAAAACCAGCACCAUAAAGAAAACCCUGAACCCUGUGUAUGAUCAAACGUUUGAGUUCAGUGUGUCCAUGGUGGAGCUGCACAGGAGAACUCUGGACAUCGCUGUGAAGAACGGAGGGAGUAUACUGUCCAAACACAGAGGACUCCUCGGGAAGGUGAUGGUGGAUUUGAGUGUUGAGGAUAUAUCCAAGGGCUGGACACAAUGGUAUGAUCUGACUGAAGAUGGCAACCGCAAAACAGUCCAGGCAUAGAGAGGUAGAGAAUGACACAGGAAGACCGCACCUCCAUCAUCAUAAACACCAAUUGACAUUCAUAGAAACACACUCUGCUUUCAUAUAGUGUUAUCACUUAUCAAAGGGCACAUAAUUUUCCUUUUCUUUCUUUUUUUCCCAUUGAAUUUGUGUGUUGUCGACCUAAGUAGAGAUACGACUUCAGGUGUACUAUAAUAUGCUGUUCCUGCAGUAUUCAACGACGUCAAAGAUUCGCAAAAUUGUCCUGUUAAAAGCAAAACAUUUAUCAGAAAAUGUAGGUUAAUGUGUCAAAAAAGCACAUUUACUGCCUUUUCUCUAAGUUGUCAAUGUUUAUAUACAGUGGGGAGAACAAGUAUUUGAUACACUGCCGAUUUUUCAGGUUUUCCUACUUACAAAG